UCUUCUUCUACAAAGAACACUCACGAUCGCUCUCACGCCGCACCGUGCUCCUCUCGCUCGCGGCACCGCCGCACGGCUUUGCACGGAUCCUCUCUCUCGCUGCACCCACGCUGCACUUGGCACAGCGUUACGCACUCUCAGGCCGCCCGCGUUCGAGCCUUCGCUACGCACAAUACACCACUUCGACGCUUGGGUUUGGUUUAGAAAGAGGUGUUAAUGGCAACAGCUACAUACCCGCCACCGCCGCCGUAUUACAGACUCUACAAAGAUUACUUACAAGAUCCGACAUCGGCUCCGGAGCCUCCCCCUCCGAUCGAAGGGACAUACAUUUGUUUCGGCGGCAACUACACCACUGAUGAUGUGCUUCCAAGCUUGGAAGAGCAGGGAGUGCGCCAGCUAUACGCAAAAGGGCCAAAUAUUGAUUUUAAGAAGGAAUUGAGGUCACUUAACAGAGAAUUGCAGCUGCACAUUUUGGAGCUUGCGGAUGUUCUUGUUGAGAGACCAUCACAAUAUGCAAGGAGAGUGGAGGACAUAUCCCUUAUAUUCAAGAACUUACACCACCUUCUCAAUUCAUUGCGCCCCCAUCAAGCCCGAGCGACUCUAAUUCACAUUCUAGAACUCCAAAUACAACGCCGUAAACAAGCUGUGGAGGAUAUAAAGAGGAGAAGAGAAGAAGCUCAGAAACUUCUGAAGGAAUCCCUUGCAACCUUGGAUGGACACUAAAAUCCGCAUGCAGCUUACUCAAUGAGAAAAGAACAAGGAAUAUCUAGGUAUUUACAAUGGCUUUAAGAAAUAUGGGCAUCUCAAAAAGUUCUUGUUACUGUUCAAAUUCCAGAGAUCUAACUGAAUGCCAAUGCGACUCAGCAAAGAGCCAAUGACUAUGAAUGGCUGGAUCCCUAAAGUUGGUGGAACGUUGAAGCUGUGAUAUGUCCUUCUGAUUUAAAUACCUUUCUACGAUUGACUGAGUAUGUUUCAAUUAUUAAAUUGAAUUGAUUUUCUUGCUCCCAUCACCCAUGUAUAUUGAACUUUGGAGGUUGGGAUUCCUUUUAUUUUCUUCUUCUUCAAGAAACUAUUUAACACUUCAA